AUGAGUGUAAAGAGAGCUAUAAAGACAUCAAGCAAAACAAAAUCAAAGUAUAUGAGCAAAAAGACCAUUGCUAUAAUUACAGGCAUUGCGUUUGCAUUGGCAUACGCACUGUUUAAGUACAUGUCUGUUCCAUUUGACCUAGACAAUCUUGAGUAUGUUAUUUCUAUACCAAGCGAUGCAAAAAAUCGAAAAGUAAAUUUAAAUGAGCCACUCUCAGCAUUCAAUAUUCCCCUGAACGCUCGCGCCAUAGAGUACGUAGAAAAGAAGUAUGUUAUUGUGCAAAGCAUGCACAGGGGCCGUCUUGUGGCAAGUGUAUUCGUUUUCCCGUAUCAUUACAGGAACAGCGAAGACUCGCCAAGUGGCUUGGUUCUUGGGUUCGAAAUAUACAACAUGUAUGUAUCGCCAAGAUACAGAGGAAAAGGCGUUUCUAUUAACCAUUUAUACCGCACCUUUAUGCUUCUUAAAAAAAUAUACCAGGCCGAUAAUGGGAUUCCAUCAUAUAUUGUUUUGCAUGUGUCUCCUAUAGAUAAAGACAUGGAAAAAGCGUACGCGCUCUACCGAACAAAUGGAUUCGUACACGGCUUAUUUACAGAAAAUGGGCCAUAUUCACUGAGAAAAAGAUCUGAGGUAUUUCUUGAACGCAAGUCGCUGGAAUCUGUUAUAGAAAAUAGUCCAUAUUAUAGCAGUGAGUAUACAGGAGAGCGCAGUGCGUCUGGAGAUAAGUUUUUAACAAUGUACACAGAUAUAAACACGUUUUUGCGUUCUGCAAAGAUUAAUGCAUAUAGCAAAAAUGAAUAUAACAGACAUAAAGAAAGGGCUGCGCGCCUAAAGGAGUCCCUUUUAAAAAGAUUCAUAUAUACAAAGAAUGGUUGA